GUCAGAACCGUUAGUCGCGUGUGCGACUUCCUCGGCGUCAGGACGCACACGCGUACGCCAGGCAGCGGCGGCGUCUCAUUCAAACAGCCCAAUCAGCGGCCGCGCCGCCUCCGGUCCCCUUUUUCUCUACUCGGGUCUCUCGCUUCCUCCGUUCUCGGAUGUUCCCUCCCUGGCCCCCGUGUACUGCCUGUGGCCGGCCCGUGGCGCAACACCCACCCAAACUUCUCUGGUUUCUGUCCGCAGUUUGCGAAGUGAGGAACUCCAACGUGGAGAACCUGCCUCCCCACAUCAUACGCCUGGUGUACAAAGAGGUGACGACACUGACAGCCGACCCUCCGGAUGGCAUCAAGGUCUUCCCCAACGAGGAGGACCUCACAGACCUGCAGGUCACCAUCGAGGGCCCUGAGGGGACUCCCUAUGCUGGGGGUCUGUUCCGCAUGAAACUCCUGCUGGGGAAGGACUUCCCCGCCUCCCCACCCAAGGGCUACUUUCUGACCAAGAUCUUCCACCCGAACGUGGGUGCCAAUGGCGAGAUCUGUGUCAACGUGCUCAAGCGGGACUGGACAGCCGAGCUGGGUAUCCGGCACGUGCUGCUGACCAUCAAGUGCCUGCUGAUCCACCCCAACCCCGAGUCCGCGCUCAACGAGGAGGCUGGCCGGCUGCUGCUGGAGAACUACGAGGAGUAUGCGGCACGCGCACGCCUCCUCACCGAGAUCCACGGUGGUGCCAGCGGGCCCAGUGCCAGGGUCCCUACCGGGGGUGCCGCCGCAGCCUCCUCUGCUGCCCCCGCCACCCCUGGGGUUCCGGGUGGGGCCGAGGGCCCCAUGGCCAAGAAGCACGCAGGGGAGCGCGACAAGAAGCUGGCAGCCAAGAAAAAGACGGACAAGAAGCGGGCACUGCGGCGGCUGUAGGGCUCUCUGUGGCCUCUGCCCUCCCUUAUCUCUUAAGUUAUUUAAAUUAUGGUUGGGUGGGCUAGGGGGCACUGGGGUCUGGAUUUGGUUUUCUAAAUAAAGUUGGAAAAACAGCA